AUGGAAUCUGUGUCAAUCCCUGCACUGGUUGCUGGACUUAUUGAUUGUGUAGCCCAGCUGAUAAGAAUAGCCGAGGAGCUAUUACAGUUCAUCUCGCAGGAACAAGUUCCUUCUGUGCAACAGAAUGCUAGAGUGGAAGAGGCAGAAGCAGCUGCGCCGCCUCCUGAGGAAGAACCCCUACCGGAUCUUGCGGAACUUUCCGAUCUAGAAUCAAUCCUUUCAGUAGGAGAAGAUGAAGACCUAAUCCUUGACAUGGAUGAAGCUAUGAUAGAUAUCAACGAGAUAUAUGAGGAUAUACUUCCUGCCAUAAAGGAUGAUACAGAAAGCGAGUGA